UAUUAAAGCACACUUUUCACAUUCUUGAUUAGUUUGCUGAAUGUUUUCUACUGGCAUUUAUUGCAGCGUAGUUAGCAUUUCUUGCAGCGUAUUUAGCAUUUGAAAAUGGGUUCACUCAUUUCUUGUGUUAAAUGUGUAGAUGGUUCUGACAGUUUACACAACUGUACACCAAAGAAGAAAGGCUGGAGAAAAGAGAAAGGCAAGAGGAAGGGAAAAAACAAUAAGACCAGCUCAAAUCAAGAUCAGACUUCUCAUCAUGCCACCAGUGAACCUGAAGUCCUCCCCAUUGCAGAGGAACCUGGUUGUGCUGAAGUCAACGAUGAGUGGAGUGAUGAGGUUUUCCAGGAUCUAGUCGGAGAUUUGUCCGAUUGGAGUACUGACGUCCUCAACGCUUUGAGCUGUGUCUUCUCAGCCUUUCAUGACAAUACCAUCCAAACUUCAGUCUGUGUUGCGACUGACUUGAGUGUUGACAUCCCCCGAGCUACAGUCAGUGACUAUAGAGCCAAUGUCCCUCGAGUUCCAGUCCGUGUAGUGGCUGACUGGACUGUGGACGUCCCCCGCGUCCCAGUCUGUGCCAUUUCAGACUGUAGAGUCGAUGUCCCACAAGGUCCAGUCAGUACCACAUCAGCUCCAGGCUUUGAUGUGGCUGACUGUUGUGUGGACGUCCCUCAAGCUACAGUCUGUGCGAUAUCAGACUGUCGAGAGGGCGUUCCUCAAGCUACAGUCUGUGCGAUAUCAGACUGUCGAGAGGGCGUUCCUCAAGCUACAGUCUGUGCGAUAUCAGACUGUAGAGAGGGCGUUCCUCAAGCUACAGUCUGUGCGAUAUCAGACUGUAGAGAGGACGUUCCUCAAGCUACAGUCUGUGCGAUAUCAGACUGUCGAGAGGGCGUUCCUCAAGCUACAGUCUGUGCGAUAUCAGACUGUAGAGAGGGCGUUCCUCAAGCUACAGUCUGUGCGAUAUCAGACUGUAGAGAGGGCGUUCCUCAAGCUACAGUCUGUGCGAUAUCAGACUGUAGAGAGGACGUUCCUCAAGCUACAGUCUGUGCGAUAUCAGACUGUCGAGAGGGCGUUCCUCAAGCUACAGUCUGUGCGAUAUCAGACUGUCGAGAGGGCGUUCCUCAAGCUACAGUCUGUGCGAUAUCAGACUGUAGAGAGGGCGUUCCUCAAGCUACAGUCUGUGCGAUAUCAGACUGUAGAGAGGACGUUCCUCAAGCUACAGUCUGUGCGAUAUCAGACUGUCGAGAGGGCGUUCCUCAAGCUACAGUCUGUGCGAUAUCAGACUGUAGAGGUGAUGUUCCCCAUGCGUCAGUCGGACCGACAGAGGACACUGUAUCACCUAAGUUAAAUCAACUGGAGGAUUAUGAGAUUAUUGACAUCAAUUCAUGCAGCUAUGAAGUUGUCAGGAAGCUCGGUGAAGGAGGAUUCGGAUGUGUUUAUGCAGGGAUUCGCUUGACAGAUGGCCUUAAGGUGGCGCUGAAAUUCGCUGACAGUGUGGCUAUAGAAUGGAUGGACAUUGAGGGUUAUCCUGAACUCGUUCCACAGGAGAUUGGUCUGCUAAUUCUGGCCAAUAAUGGCCCCAAGGUUCCCCAAAUCAUCCAGCUCUUGGACUGGGCGGAGGAGCCUGAACAAUACGUUAUGGUUCUUGAGCGGCCUCCACACUGUGAGAACUUGAUUGAAUUUCUAGACCGUCACAAAGGCACCAUCACAGAGAACGUAGCAUCAGUUAUCAUAAAGCAGGUAACACUGGCAGCUCAGACAUGCUGCCAACGGGGUGUGCUGCACCGCGACAUAAAAUUAGAAAACCUUCUAAUUAACCCCGACAGCCUGGACGUCAAACUAAUUGACUUUGGGUGUGGCAAAAUCCUGACUGAUGCAGGAUACACGUCCUUUGCUGGAACAAAAGAGUACUGCCCCCCAGAAUAUGAGAUAAACGGAGAGUAUCACGGGGAACCAGCGACAGUUUGGUCCCUCGGGAUACUCAUGUUUGCUCUGCUGUGCGGGAAGUUUCCGAAGUCAGAAGACUUGGAUGAGCUCGAUGAAAACACCUGGACCAAAGAUGGCUUGUCACAAGAAUGCUGUGAAUUACUUUGCUCUCUCCUGCAAAGAAGCCCAGAGAAGCGGCUUGAAUUGGACAACAUCUGUCUCCAUAACUGGUUUCAGUACUUUAAUUAUCAGCCUGAUGUUAAGGAGAUUAUUGACAUCAAUUCAUGCAGCUAUGAAAUUGGAGGGAAGCUCGGUGAAGGAGGCUUUGGAAGCGUUUAUGCAGGGAUUCGCUUGACAGAUGGCCUUGAGGUGGCGCUGAAAUUCGCUGACAGUGUGGCUAUAGAAUGGAUGGACAUUGAGGGUUAUCCUGAACUCGUUCCACAGGAGAUCGGUCUGCUAAUUCUGGCCAAUAAUGGCCCCAAGGUUCCCCAAAUCAUCCAGCUCUUGGACUGGGCGGAGGAGCCUGAACAAUACGUUAUGGUUCUUGAGCGGCCUCCACACUGUGAGAACUUGAUUGAAUUUCUAGACCGUCACAAAGGCACCAUCACAGAGGACGUAGCAUCAGUUAUCAUAAAGCAGGCAACACUGGCAGCUCAGACAUGCUGCCAACGGGGUGUGCUGCACCGCGACAUAAAAUUAGAAAACCUUCUAAUUAACCCCGACAGCCUGGACGUCAAACUAAUUGACUUUGGGUGUGGCGAAAUCCUGACUGAUGCAGGAUACACAUCCUUUGCUGGAACAAAAGUGUACUGCCCCCCAGAAUAUGAGAUAAACGGAGAGUAUCACGGGGAACCAGCGACAGUUUGGUCCCUCGGGAUACUCAUGUUUGCUCUGCUGUGCGGGAAGUUUCCGAAGUCAGAAGACUUGGAUGAGCUCGAUGAAAACACCUGGACCAAAGAUGGCUUGUCACAAGAAUGCUGUGAACUACUUUGCUCUCUCCUGCAAACUGACCCAAAGCAGCGGAUUGAAUUGAAAAAUGUCAGUGCUCACAACUGGUUUAAGUACUUUAUUUAUUAGCAAGCAAAAAUCAGCACCCAAGGACCGGACGGGCCGCUCCAGCGCCAGAACUCCCUGUCUCCACAUACCAGUGUGCAACCUGCAUUGAUGUACAAGUUCUAUCCAGACAGUCACAACCUACAGAUGCCCGAGAACAACCUCUGGAACAAAGAUACCUUAUCCCAAGAAUACUGCCAUUUCAUUGGCUUCUGUCCCCAUACACCAGUGCACACCCUGCAUUGAUGUACGGGUACUAUCCAAGCAGACACAACCUGUAUAUGCCCAAGAAGACCCUUUGGAACAAAGAUAGCUUGUCACAAGAAUGCUGAGAUUUCAUCUUCCUUUGAAAAGGUGACCCAAAGCAGUGGCUUCAGCUGGACAAGACCAUUCCCUGUAACUGAAAGUGAUGUGUAGCCAAAGUAUGGUGUCCUAUACUCUUAAUUUGUGUGCUGCAUUUCACCAAUCCAAGUGCACACACAGAGCGGUGAGUACUGAACACACACACACACACACACCCGGAGCAGUGACCUUCGGGUUACAAGUCCAACUCUCUAACCAUUAGGCCACAACUGCCCCAACUGGUUUAAGGUACGACAUUUUGAAGACUUUGAUUCAGAUUGAAGUUCAAGUUGUCUAGUCAAAUCUGUAGGACUGUAAUUGUGUUGUAUUUAGAAAGUAAACUUGCUUUUUGUUUUUGUUUCAGGUCACAGAUGUGGAGAAUACCUAAUGGAAAUCAUGGAGGCCUGUCCAGAGGGUCCUGUCGCAGCUGCCCGUUCCUUGCAUCCCCGAACCCCCAAUCUACCCCACCCCCCCAACCACCACCAAAAAAAUAAAAAUACAAAAAUAAAAAUUAAGAUAAAAUAAACAAUAAGCAAGCUAUAAAAUGACAAUUUCCAUAACAACAGCAUCAUUUGUAUUUAAAAAAAUAUAUAUAAAUAAAUAAAUAAAUAAAAAGAAUAGUUUGGCCCUUUAAGGCCCUGAUACACUCACAGCAAAGUUCUUUUUCGUUCUUCAAAUAGGGGGUAAAAAAAUUAAAAAUACAAACAUCAUGACAUUUAGAUUAAUAUAAAUAUGUACUGCAUGCUUUUCUCUCAAUUACAAAAAUGAUAGUGUGAAAACAUUAGUUAACAAAGCAUCUGAUCAUAGCGACGAGGAUAUGUUUGGACCAGUUCUUCAUUUCAGCACAUUCAUGUCACAUUUAUUUAUUUAGCACGUUAUACAAAACAUGCUAUAUAAAGUAAGCCGCUUUACAGUUUUAAACACAAAAAAAGUGUCAAUGUCGCUUUUGAUUAGAAGUACAACUUCAAUUUCUACUACAAAGCAGCUCUUUAGUGUGUUCAUGUUUUAAUGUGCCUCUGACCUCGACGGACUGAACAGAAGAAAUGAACCAGAGAUUUCCACAUCAAAGAAGGCAGAGCCAAUAGUUCGAAGGUGUUUACCAGCUAGUGUGAAUCUUUCCUAUUUUGAAUUCCCAAACAAACUUCGUUACGGCACGAUUUUGUUCUAAAUGACCUCAUUCGCUUUUUCAAGAAAAGUUUAACUUGAAUUUUUUUUUUUUUUUUUUUUAACAAAUAUAAUGAAUUAUCAAUCAUCAAGUUUUUUGGAAGUUGACAUUUUACAAACUGAACUAACUUUGCCACGUCACAUAAAGGACAAAUUAUCUGAUUUUAAAAGACUACUUGACAAACAUCGAUGAGGAUUAUAAAGCUGGGAUAUAAUAUGUAAUUUCCUGUUUUUGUUACGUACUCUUCUUGAAUUUCAAUGGACUGAAAUGCUACUUCAUGUGAUUAGGAGAAUAUUUAUUUAUUUUAAUGUUAGAUUGGAAGAGUUUGUGAAAAGAAUAGUUGUAAUAAAAUAUUAACAGAAAUUGUAUUCAAGCAUGUAGAGACAUGACAACCAUAAAACAAAAAAUACUUACCUGCCUCACACAUCAUACAAAAAGAAACGAAAUAAUUAAAACGUUUUAAAAAGCAAAGAAUAUUAAUAAAAACCAAAACGCUGCAGAUUCCUUUACCCACCACAGACCUCCCACGUAAAUGUUUUAGUGCAAAAUUGUAAAAUUCAACCACGAUAAGUAGGUGCAUUUCACAAUUUUAAUGUACAUCUCAUCAGGUGGUUCUUUGCCUCCACAUCGUGCAUUAAAAUCGUGCAAUGCACACCUAGCCAUGGAUUAUCCAGCUUACCAUGGUAACUUGCCAAUACUGACAAGUUAAAGCUUUGGUGAUGUUAGUAGGGUCACACGGUAUACCCGUACUGGGGUAGUAUCGCGAUACUAAAGCUUCAAAAUACUGCUGAUGCCACUGUUCGCUUCAAGACUGAAUCCGUGUUUUUGAACAAUUCAACGAGUCAAUGAUUCAAUGAGCCAUUCAUAAAAACAGUCAACUGCUUCGUCCCUGAAUGAAUCAGCCGUUUUGAAUGAAUCGUUUGAAUGAAUGAUUCAGUGACGGCGGUUUUAAUUUUCCAUUUAAAAGUAGGCCUAUUAUUUAUUUUUUUUUCCCACCAACAUUUCAUAUUUCUACAUUGAGAAAUUAAUAUUUAAAAUGUUAAUCUCAUUUAUGCAAUUUUGUUCACAUUGACUUUAUUUGGUACAAUAGUUAUUCUCAUUAACAAAUUAUUCAGAGGAGAAUCUAGUCUAGUAGUUUUCAGUUACAUCCACGUCUUUAUGAAAAAAUUCUGUCUAUUUUGUAAAUUGCAAUUAUGAAUUACCACAAUACUGCAAUGUCUCAUGAUACUACUUGGUAUCUAGAUUCUUCAGCUGGUAUAGUAUCAUAAAAU